CAGGUGACUCCAAAAUGAAAUUCCAAGCCCUAUAAAUACAAACCCUUCUCAAGUACUACGACAUCAUCUGUACACAGCAUACUACACUACUACUGCAACGUCCUGGUUACUUGUUGGAUCAUAGUUAAGCUGAGAGCAAAGAUGUCGUCGCGAACCCAGCUACAUGCCCUUGCCCCUCUCGCCGUCCUCGUCCUCCUCGCCGCCGCCGCUCCCUUGCUCGCCGGUGCGCAGCCGGCGUCGCCGGACCCGGCGGCAGACGCCUGCGCCAACCCCUCCGCGGACGGCGCGUGCCACAACGUCCCCAAGGCGCUGCGCCUGAAGCUGAUCGCCAUCCCGACGAUCCUGGUGUCCAGCGUGAUCGGCGUGUGCCUGCCGCUCUUCUCCCGCUACGUCCCCGCGCUCCGGCCCGACCGCAACCUCUUCGUCAUCGUCAAGGCCUUCGCGUCGGGGGUCAUCCUCGCCACGGGGUACAUGCACGUGCUCCCGGACUCCUUCAACAACCUCACCUCGCCGUGCCUGCCGAAGAAGCCCUGGGGCGACUUCUCCUUCACCGCCUUCGUCGCCAUGCUCGCCGCCCUGUUCACGCUCAUGGUGGACUCGCUCAUGCUUACCUUCUACAACCGGAAGAGGAGCGGCAACACCUCCGGCCGGCGCGCGGGCGCCGCGGUCGCCGACCACGAGAGCCCCGCGCACGGGCACUGGCACGGCCACGGGGACAUCGUCGCGGCGGAAUCCGCGGCGGUUGCCAAGCCCGAGGACGACGACGAGGCCAGCAAGGUGCAGCUGCGCCGGAACCGCGUCGUCGUUCAGGUCCUGGAGAUGGGCAUCAUCGUGCACUCGGUGGUGAUCGGCCUGGGCAUGGGCGCGUCCCAGAGCGUGUGCACGAUCCGGCCGCUGGUGGCGGCCAUGUGCUUCCACCAGCUGUUCGAGGGGAUGGGGCUCGGCGGCUGCAUCUUGCAGGCGGAGUACGGCGCCCGGAUGAAGGCCGGGCUGGUGUUCUUCUUCUCGACGACGACGCCGUUCGGGAUCGCGCUGGGGCUGGCGCUCACCAAGGUGUACCGGGAGAACAGCCCCACGGCGCUCAUCGUGGUGGGCCUGCUGAACGCCGCCUCCGCGGGGCUGCUCCACUACAUGGCGCUCGUGGAGCUCCUCGCCGCCGACUUCAUGGGGCCCAGGCUGCAGGGCAGCGUCAGGCUCCAGCUGCUCUCCUUCGCCGCCGUCCUCCUCGGCGCCGGCGGCAUGUCCAUCAUGGCCAAGUGGGCGUGAACGUCUCGCUCGAUCUGUAUUCUGUAUGAACUACGCAGCGUACUUGUGUGUGUGUGUGUGUGUGUUCUAGCUGUGCAAGUGUGCGACAAGAAGUGUAGCAGUAGUUGCGUGUAUUCUGGAGUAUAUACGUGCACUCUGUUAGUAUAUACUCGAUCACCUUUGCUUUACGGCAUACAUGCGCCGACGAGCUCGGCAGGCGCCAACGGCGGCCCGUGCGCUGCCGGUUGUGCCAGCCACCGGCGGCUUCCAUCCAACAAGAAGAGAAGCAGUGUGGUGGUGGAUGCCUAGUUGGUGGGCUGGUGGCCGGAUGGUCCAGUGGGCCGCGUCGUCCGAAUGCUCAGCUCAUACAGCUGCUAUGUGAUUUGGUCAUUUGGGAAGGAGCCCAGGCGAUUUUACUCUGCUGCUCCGGUUGUCAGAAAAAGAAAAAGGCAUAGCCCAGCCACGCAACAUGCGGCCCAAAGCACAAGGGCACAACCUUGAGUACUAAUGUUUAUCAUAAAUAUAAUUACACAGCUCCUGUAUUACAUUGCCGGUUAACUAAAGAGGAGCAAAAUUUCAGUCGGCA